AUGGAGGAAGAGACUACUGAAAAUCAGGAUGGCCAAAGCUCUGAUGAGGAGGAGAGAAUGGUGGACUCUGAUGCUAUGAACCUAGACACUGACCAACAACAGAUUCACAGCAACUGUGAUGACAAUGCAAUGGAGACCAGAAACAACAGCCUUGAAGACAAGUUGGAGCUUAACAACCAAGCAACAAGGGAAGCCCAGGAAAGUAAAGGAAGGAAGGAGAGUCAAGGCAAGAAAGUACAACAGAGUAAUCAAAUCACGAAGGAUAACCAAAAGAGUUCUCCUGUCGCCCACAAUAUGAAGAAGAGAGACAAUGCAUCUAUCUCAAAGACUGUCCAGGUUUCUCCACCUAAACCUUCUGAGGUGAGGGAUCUUAUGCACAAGGCCCCUAGCCAAACCCAGUUUCACUCCAAGUCUAAGGGAGUUACUUCACCAGUGUCUAUCCUUAAGAAUGGAUUACAGGGGAAGGAUCUGGUCGAGGCUAAGGAGUGUGGAGCUUGCACGGGACAUCAACCAAAAAUGAAGGUGGAGGGUAGUAGCAAGCAUGUCAAGGGGCCGGAUAGAAUCCAAAAUGACCCCAUAGACAAGGGGAAGAGUCACCAGAAGAAGAGUGUUCCCCUUCCUAAGAAGGAGGUGAACCAGACUAAGCCCGAAAAUGUGAUUGCUCCUUGUAUUGUUAAUACUGGUAGCGAUCCGGAAGAGAAAGUGACGGCGAUGGCCGUCGAUGAGUGCUGA